CUCGGUAGGUCUAAGCCACACCCAAAAUAGAUUUGGUAGGCGUGGAAUAUUAAUUAUUCAUAGCCUCGUGUUGCAGAAUGGGAAAGAAAAAGAAAUUUAUCGAUAAGAAGAAAUCAGUCACUUUCAAUCUGGUCCACCGGAGUCAGUCUGACCCGUACUGCAAUGAUCCUGGGGCAUCACAAAUGGUACUCACUGAACAAGCCACGCCCUCUGUUUUAUCGCAUGAGGAGCGUCUGACGGAGCAGGAGAAGUAUGGUAUCGGGUUCCAGGACGAGUAUGAUUACCUGCAACACCUGAAGGACCCUGCCUCUACCAUACAGGCCUCUCUAGACCAUCAAAAAAUAUUAUCGUUCCUUCCUAACGAAGUGUUUGGGAAAGAGGUCAAAGUUGAGGGAGGGAGACUCAAUAAAGUGGCUCCUUUAAGAGGUCCUCAAGUUGAUUGGGAUCCUGACAUUGUGGCCGCUCUUGAUAACGAUGGUGAGAAUGAGAGCCAGGACGAGUUAUUAGAAGACGAUUUUAUACUACAAGCGAACGGAGGAGAGCCUGGUAUUCCGGUAUACGUGAAUGAUAAAAGUUCCAUACGUGAGUCAACUGAUGACGGUAUCCCUUGGUGGAAGAGUAGAGGGGAUUUUGAUGGAGCUAUGGAGGGAGAGUACAGCUCCAGCAGUGAGGAGGAGGAGGAGGAGGAAGAGGGAGGAGGAAGGUUUACUAGUUAUUCAAUGACGUCAGCAGAUGUACCGAGAAAUGAAGGAUUAAGUAUGCUUGAUGAAAGAUUUGAAGAGUUUAUGGUUGAAUACAAUGAUGAUCAGAUUGGUCCUUUAGAAGAGACAGAAGAGUGUAAAGAAGUUGGAGAAAUUGAAAAUAUGUUACUGGAAACUGCGAUGGAUGAGUUUGAUAUUAAGCACAAGUCAUUGAGGAAAAAACUUGAAAAAGCACAAAACUCUGAAAGAGUCGAAAUUGAAUAUUCCGAAAGUGAAAGUGAAGAGGAACUGUUGAUGGAAGCAGGUGGAGGGAGAGAAGGAGAGAGGUGGGACUGUGAAAGCAUUUUAUCGACUUAUUCCAAUUUAUACAAUCACCCUACACUCAUCGAGGUACCCUCCUCCGAACAAACUAAAACUAGGAAGGAGAGUAUGAGUACAGACUGUGAUUCAAAUGAAGCUACAAUAAAGCUAAGAGCAAUAACAAUACGACCCAAGAAUGAAAGUGCUGAAGAAAAGAAAGCAAGGAAGCGAGGGGUUAAAAAUGAAAGAAGAGAAAGAAGAAGUAUUAAGAAAUCAAACAGAGAUACAUUUAAAAGAGAAGAGUUGAAAUUAACAAAACAAUUAAUAAAUAAUCCGCCAAAAACAUCUUUAAUUUGAUAAUAAAAAAUAUAA